AGCGACGAGGGUAUAGUAUAUGCUAAAUACUUUGAUCCUUUACCCGUUCAAACCAUUGCACUUAUACUCACAGCGAUUGAAUGCUGCAUCGAUGAGUGGAUGACUGGUGUAAAGGAGGACAUCAAAUUUUCGUCGGUGGCUUACUCCCCGGUCUACCUUAUCCAUCUCAAAUCCCUGCGGCGGUUCGAGGAGCGGACUGCUGCUUACAAACUGCUCGGUAAAAUUGGUGUCGAUCUUCUCGACAUCGCUCGGUAUGUUUCUGAUUACUUAUGUCAUUCAUCAUCCAAACUGACUUUCAUAAAAAGGAUGCACGCUGGUGUGGAUCCACUUAUGGCAGCAGUGACUAUUGAUAGCUUUACCGAUGAUGUUUUCGAUGAUGCGAUUCGAGAGUACGAAGACGAGGCUCGAGAAGCACAAGAAGGGGGUGGUGACUCGGAUUGA